ACUCGGUUAAUCUUAUGCAAGUUGUUCUUGUGCUAAGUAGUGGUCACCUACACAAAGGAAGCUACUAGUUUCUCUAGCUAGUUCCCAUAACUUAGGUACAUUCACUCACCAAGUCUUUUAUUCUAGUCAUUCAUUGAGACAAACAGCUCAUUUGAGCUGAGCUCAAAAUGAAGUAUUCUCGAGUGUCAUUAUUUGUAUUCUGCAUUUCUUUGGUUUGUUUCUUUCUUUCCACCCAAGCUAGAAGGCAUUACCAUACAAAACACAAGCACAGUCACCCUCACAAGUCAUCCAAUAUUUCACAACCCCCUUCUACUUCUCCUGAGCCUGCUGAACCACCUUAUAAUGAUGGAAAUUCCUAUAAUUCUACUGGAUUAUUCGAUGUACGAAACUUUGGUGCUGUUGGGGAUGGCAUAGCAGAUGACACAGACGCAUUGAAGACGGCGUGGGACGCCGCAUGUCAGAGAGAUUCGGCAGUUAUCCUCAUUCCCCACGGCUUCUCCUUCAUGAUUCAGUCAACCAUUUUUACAGGUCCUUGUCAAGGUGGCUUAAUCUUUCAGAUUGAUGGAACUCUUAUGCCCCCGGAUGGACCUGAUUCCUGGCCAAAGAAUAACAGUAGGCGACAAUGGCUGGUCUUUUACAGAAUCAAUGAAAUGUCACUGCAAGGAGGUGGUCUAAUAGAUGGGAGAGGAGAAAAAUGGUGGAAUCUUCCUUGCAAACCCCACAAGGGGAUUAAUGGAACAUCAAUGCCUGGACCAUGCGAAAGCCCAAUUGCAAUAAAGUUCUUCAUGAGCUCGAACUUGAGUGUGGAAGGGCUUAGAAUCAAGAACAGCCCCCAGUUCCACUUCAGAUUUGAUAAUUGCAGAGAUGUCCAUAUUGAAUCAAUUUACAUAACAGCGCCUGCUUUAAGUCCCAACACUGAUGGGAUUCACAUAGAGAACACAAAUGAUGUCAGAAUAUAUAAUUCAGUAAUUUCUAAUGGUGAUGAUUGUGUAUCAAUUGGAUCAGGUUGUUAUAAUGUAGACAUAAGAAACAUCACAUGUGGACCCGGUCAUGGAAUCAGCAUUGGGAGUUUAGGAAAUCACAACUCGCAUGCCUGCGUUUCGAAUGUUACUGUUAGAGACUCAGUUAUUAAAGUGUCAGAAAAUGGAGUUAGAAUCAAGACAUGGCAGGGUGGAUCAGGGGCAGUAUCAGGAGUAACAUUCAGUAAUAUUCACAUGGAUGAUGUCCGGAACCCAAUCAUAGUCGAUCAAUUCUACUGCCUCGCCAAGGCGUGCACCAACCAAACAUCAGCAGUUUUUGUGUCGGACAUACUAUACACAAACAUAAAGGGAACCUACGAUGUUCGAAGCCCACCAAUGCAUUUUGCCUGUAGUGAUUCUGCCCCAUGCACCAACUUAACACUCUCGGAUGUUGAGCUUCUUCCUGCCAAAGGAGAUUUAGUGUUAGACCCAUUCUGUUGGAAUGCUUAUGGGAAUCUGCAGACACUAACAAUUCCACCAGUCUCCUGCUUGUUGGAGGGUGUUCCUCCAUCCAUAUUGGAGAAUGACAUAGAUUAUUGCCACUAGCAUGGUUCAAUCUAUAUUAAUGCAUUUCCCUACGUGUAUAUAUGGAUAUGGACCAUGAUAUAUGGUAAAUCAUGUUAUAUAUAUGUGAUUGUUAUAUGCUAGCUCAUCCCGG